UCAUGCUGCUGCCAAGUCCAGAGUCUCUCAUGGGUCCCUGUACGGCCUCCCAUUGCUGCUGUCUCCAUCGCCACACUCUGCCAUGUGCCACUUUCAGGUCUCCUCACACACUGCUGGGUUCCAUUUUUUGUCAUAGGGUGCUGGCAGAUUACGGGCCUCCCAUAGCUGCUGCCAGGCCCCUAAUCUGCCAUGGGCCCCUAUAUACCGCCUCCUCAUGCUGCUGCCAAGUCCAGAGUCUCUCAUGGGUCCCUGUACGGCCUCCCAUUGCUGCUGUCUCCAUCGCCACACUCUGCCAUGUGCCACUUUCAGGGUCUCUUCACACUGCUGGUGUGUUGAAUUUUUUG